AUGGCGGGCUUGGAGACACGUGUCAAGCAUUUAUUGGAUGUCGCACACAGGAGCGGUAUCGCAUGGAAUCUAUUUGCCCAUCCGCAUGAAAGUGGACCAGUGGGAGACCAGGAACAGAGCCGAGGCCGAGGCGAAGGGAUGCAGCAGCCACCGCUGAUGGCCCCGACCGCCGCAACCACCACCAAGCAGAUCCAAAAGCUUCGGCCAACCGGAGGUGCAGCUGCAGCUGGUGCAAGCUGCAUACCGCACGAACGGGACGCCUUGCUGGCCUUUAAACAUGGCAUCAGCAGCGAUCCCAUGAACCUCCUUGCCACUUGCAGAAUGACGGAGACUGCUGCUGGUGGAGAGGCAUUCGGUGCAGCAACCGGACUGGCCAUGUCCUCAAGCUUCAACUUCGUAAUCAUGAACAACCUUACCGGCUCGAGUGGCCAAAUACCAGAUUUUGUGGGUUCUUUGGUGAACUUGAGAUAUCUCAACCUCUCCAGCAUACCAUUCACUGGUAGAGUGCCACACCACCUUGGUAACCUGUCAAAGUUGAAGUAUUUUGAUCUCUCCCUCUUGCGUUUUCGGGGUCAACCAUACUCAACAGACAUUUCAUGGUUAGCUGGCCUAUCUUUGUUGGAGUAUCUUGACAUGAGCAUGGUCCUCCGUCUUAAUUUUUGUUUGCUUCUAAGUGCAAACCAAUCACUCCCACAUAUUAACCUUACAAAUCUUGAAAGGCUUGAUCUGUCUGGUAAUAUUUUUGACCAUCCAAUGGCAUCCAGCUGGCUUUGGAAUUUGACAGGCCUCCAAUAUAUCAGUCUUGAGUUCAAUUAUUUUUAUGGUCAAGUUCCUGAUGCACUAGGGGAUAUGACGUCUCUCCAAGUCCUUGAUUUGUCAGGUAACAAUCUUUUUGAGGGUGAGCUUCCUCGAUGUUUUAAUGCUACAAACCUCAGGUUUCUACUAUUAGGCAAUAAUAGUUUCUCAGGUGAUUUCCCAGUGUUCCUUCAAAACAGCAAGCGAUUAGAGUUCAUAGACUUAUCGCGAAAUAAGUUCUCUGGAAAUUUACCACACUGGAUUGGAGGUUUGGUCGAACUCCGGUUCCUACGUUUAAGCGAGAACAUGUUCUCUGGAAAUAUUCCAAUGAGCAUCACAAAUCUUACCCACCUUCAUCAUUUGAAUCUAGCCAGCAACAGGUUGUCAGGUGUUAUACCCUGGGGUAUGUCAAAUCUUACAGCUAUGACACAAAAAUAUGUGAAGGACCCUUCUAUUGACGAAGAUGCUUAUGCAGCCUAUGAAACGUUGAACCGUGACAUCGGACAGCACUUCUCUGCGGUCACCAAGGGGCAACAACUGUGUUACGAUGUCAGAAUUUUUGAAUUGCAACUUGACACCCUCUUUGCAGAGUACCCGUCUAUGUACAGUGGCAACAGUGGUCUAUGUGGGCCUACUCUUCGAAAGAUCUGUUCAGGAAACAAUUCAUCAAGGCAACUUGUCCAUGAACAUGGUUUUGAGCCAAUGUCAUUUUAUUUUGGACUUGGUUUGGGAUUUAUAUUGGGUUUUUGGCUUGUGUUUUGUGUCCUGUUGUUCAAGAAAGCAUGGAGGGUUGCUUAUUCCUGCCUCAUUGACAAGAUAUACGAUCAGAUGUAUGUGCUUGUGGUUGUUACAUGGAAAAACUUGGCAAGGGAGUGA